CACUUUGCUUGGAGCUGAGAGGGGGAUGAAAGUAAGAACUGAUUUUUAAUCUUUGCCUCUUGUAGAACCCCUUGUGGGCAUCGGAUGAUGCCCUGUUCCACUGAUUUUAAGUUGUAUUUUUUCCCCACAUUUCCCCAUUCUCCAAGUGAGAAUAUGUCCCGCAGUGUGAGAGUGGGCUGUCGUGAUUUAAUUAGAGUCUCUUGGCCUUCUUGGUGGUCCAUAAAAUAGUGGCAUGCCUUCCGAUGGGGGACCCGGGAGUUGCUGAAUCGCAGUGCUUGCACAGCGAUGGGCUUAUUUGGUGUCUCCGGCCCAUGGCUCAGCCCUGCUCCGUGGCCGUGGGUGGCGUCCCCGGCUAACCUCCUGUCUUGCAGGUGUAGUCGCCGCCGCCAGCCGCCAUGGGCAAGCAGAACAGCAAGCUGCGGCCCGAGGUGCUGCAGGACCUGCGGGAGAACACGGAGUUCACCGACCACGAGCUGCAGGAGUGGUACAAGGGCUUCCUCAAGGACUGCCCCACCGGCCACUUGACUGUGGACGAGUUCAAGAAGAUCUACGCCAACUUCUUCCCCUACGGCGACGCUUCCAAGUUCGCCGAGCACGUCUUCCGCACCUUCGACACCAACGGUGACGGCACCAUCGACUUCCGGGAGUUCAUCAUCGCGCUGAGCGUGACCUCGCGGGGCAAGCUGGAGCAGAAGCUCAAGUGGGCCUUCAGCAUGUACGACCUGGACGGCAACGGCUACAUCAGCCGCAGCGAGAUGCUGGAGAUCGUGCAGGCCAUCUACAAGAUGGUGUCAUCUGUGAUGAAGAUGCCGGAGGACGAGUCCACCCCAGAGAAGCGCACGGACAAGAUCUUCAGGCAGAUGGACACCAACAACGAUGGCAAACUGUCCUUGGAAGAAUUCAUCAAAGGUGCCAAGAGUGACCCCUCCAUCGUCCGCCUGCUGCAGUGCGACCCCAGCAGUGCCAGUCAGUUCUGAGCGAGCGGCCCCUGGACAGUUGCAGAGAAACACAGGCUUGUCGUGCCGUUUAAGCUUUGCUUGCAAGAGUGGAUGCCCCGCAAUCGUUCCUGCUCUCCCGGGCCCCAGGCCUGGGGCAUGCGUCGCACCUGCCCGGCCCGGCGGCUGCGCCUCCCUCCUCCGCCUGACCAAUGCGACAUUCCUCCCCUCACGCCCGGCCCGGUCCCUUCCAGGGCAACUCCCAGGGAUGUGAUGACAUGCAGGGUUCAAGUGUUCUUGGUUCCAGGCACCUCCCGGCUCAUGGGGAGCCCAGAGGUCCACGCCGAGGAGACCAGGCAGGACCUCGCGAGGCUGCUCCCCGGCCGGCCCAUGCAUUUUGUGAUCCCAAGUGACUCUGUGGGAAGGGUGGGGACGAGGCGUCAGGAGGGUAGACGGGGAGCCCCUCCCGUGCAUGGCUGCCCUCCCGUUCAUUUUCUCCACCACAGCCGCUUGCACGUACAGAUACUGUGGUUCCCUUUCUUUUAAUAUAUAAAUUAUGUAUGGUGAAGUGGAGUGUAAUGUGUAGGUCCUGUAUUUAAUGCCUCUGACUGCCUUUGAAGCGCAGCCCCCUGUGGCCCGCGGCCCCCUGAGCCUGGCUGUCGUGUGGUAUUUAUGCUCUCUUUGUCUGCCUGUUUCUAAGGAAAUGCAUGUGUGCCCUGAGCCGUGAUGAUCCUCCUGUCUGUGUCGCAAGCACAGGCAUUUGUGUCUGGUCUGUCCUCCCUGUUGAUUGGUCUGGCAUUUCUGGUAUUAAAAUGAUACAAUAAAUGGCA